UAUAAGGACGUGCCAUCGGCCCGCACCCCGCCGAGGACCCCUAGUCCGGACGCCCACCAUGCAGCGCCGCGGGCCCGCCUCCGUGCUGCUGCUGCUGCCCGCGCUGCUGGUGGGGGCGGCAACAGCAGCUCCCCUGGCGCCCAGACCCUCCAAGGAGGAGGAGCUGACCCGGUGUCUGGCAGAGGUGGUCACAGAGGUGCUGACACUGGGCCAGCCCCAGAGAGGACCCUGCAUGGCUGUCCUCCACGGAGAGAGGUGCAAGACAGAGCCCUAUGGCUGUGCAUCUGCAGAGGAGAAAGGUCUGCUGCGUGAGGACUUCAAGAAGCAGGAGGCUGGAAAGACAAGGUCUAGUCAGGAGGUGAGGGAAAAGGAAGAGGAAGAAGAGGAGGAGGCAGCAGAGAGGACCCACAAGUCUGAGGUCCAGGAACAGGCUGUCCAGGAGCAGCUCCACAGCCUGCUCCACCAGGAGACUGAGGAGGAGGAGGAGGAGGAAAAGAAGAAGAGGCGGGGCCCCAUGGAGGCAUUCAAGGACAUGUGGAAGCAGCGUCUAGAGAGUGGAAGGGGUCCCCAGAAGCGGGUGGCAGAGAAGGCCAGUCAUGAGCAGACAGCCCAGUUUGAGGCGGAGGAGAAGGGGGUGCAGGUGCUAGGCAGGGGCCACAACCUAUGGCAGGGGGCCGAGAGAGGCGGAAGAGAAAGGCAUGAGGACUCACCACACCACCACCACCACCCCCAGCCAGAAGCCGAGCCCAAGGAGGAGGAGAAGGAAGAGGCUGUAGAGAGGAAGGAACAUGACUUGGAGCAGCUGAAGCACAUGAGGGAUGAGCUGAAGAAGGCAACAGAGAUGCUAGGGGAGGAACUCAGGAAGGAGGGCUGACUCCCGACCUCAUGCCCUCCUUCUUCCCGCACACCCUUAUGGCUUGCGACUGUUGACCCCCAAAGCUCCCUCCUCACCUGGCACCCCACUCCACCUCCCAGCCUGGCUGGAGUGGGCAGAAGGGUGUACCUUGGAACCAGGCCUGAGGGGAUAACUCUGAGCUGGGUGGGGGUACUGGCUCAGACCUGACUCAGGAAAAGGGACCCCUUCCCCCCAACACCCAUCUAAUCCACUCCAACCCUUCUGAGUGAAUAAAGCACAAAGAAAACCA